AUUUUCUGUGAAAAGUGGUGUAAAAUCGUUAAGCCUUGGCCCGGAAAUUGAUUUAGUUUGUAGCUUAAGUGAGAUUACAGAUCAGCAAGGUGAAAAUCGGAAGAACCGUUAAGUGCUAGUGCUGAAAACUUGAACAAUUUUUCUGGCAGGUCAUUCUCUGCUUGGCUUCUUUAUACCGUUUUCCUGAUGUUGCACCUUUUCCUGCACACAUACUACAGUUAUAUCUCCUCGAUCGUUACAACACCAAUCCACGCAAAUCGUUCCACGUUCCGUGUGUGCGUGCGCUCGAAGUGUUUUGAAUAUGAAUGACCUCUGUCUCUCGUUUUCGCUUUGAAGAAAAAGGUAAUAAACAAAAGGUUUGCAUUCGCAAUCGGUGUUUGGUAAACAUGGAAGUUGAGCGGUUUUUGCGCCUCAAGAAGUGCUAGUUUUUUUCUCCUUUUUUAUACCGUAAGUGAAAACGCCAAACUUUGUACUGAAUUUGGUGAUGGUUAUCCGUGAAAACUAUCAUCGAAUGAUGUAGGGCAUGUGAUCGAAAGAUAGGCAGUGCGCAGUGUGUUGAAGUGGUCUGCCCCUGAAUGCCGGAGGUAUGGUAUCGCCCUCCAAAACCAAAGGUUCGAGGGUCGCAGCCAAUCAACAGCAAAAGACGGCUACCAGCAAAACAAAAGUCGUGAAAGGCUCACGACCCUUGGUACACCACCGCUUCUACCUGGACGUCAAGAACCACAAACUUGCUAAUAAGAUCGAACACACCAUUAGGGAGCUCGGCGGUAAUAUUGAAUUCUUCCUGAGCAAAGACAUUACACAUUUCAUCACCGACAAGGAGUAUCAUCUGAAGCAGCAACAGCAGCAGCGUACGCAGCAAAAUUUAGCAUCAGACCUUGUCUGUCCAGAAGGAACGCCCUCCAGUUAUCAGCAAUCACCGGUGACACCAACGACACCGGUAACACCGAAGACACCACUCUCGCAGCUUCCGUAUCAUCAUCGGCAGUAUGUAAACGAAGCCUCCCCGUCGUCACCAUGUGUCCAAAACAGUGCCCUAGCAGCGGCAGCAACACCUUCGGCUUCGGCCAGCGGUUCAGCAGCAGCCGGCAAUACUGCAAGGAUCAACACCGGCAGUGAAUAUAAUAAGGACAAAACCAUAGUACGACCCCGCAGCCGUGCGGAUGCUAUGCUCCAGCGAGCCCGUCAGCAACAGCAACAGCAGAACAACAAUCAUCAUUCGAGUGCAUCGAACAAUCGUCUCUCGUCGACUUCGGCCCGGUCCUGUGCGGACAGUCCGUGCAGUCCAGCAGCUCAACAACAACAACCAGCGGCAACAAACAGCAGCGCGUUUCGUAACGACCGCAACAGCCAAAGUCCGGCCCAUUUGGCCAAAUCCUGGGGUAAACCAAUUUGGUCCUGCGAGGACGCGAUCAAGUUCCUGAACAAGGUGAUCAGAUCUUGCAAAACCGACCCGGAACCGUGUUCGCUGCCCAAGUCAUCAUCGUCAGCUAGCGCGAAGCGAGCAACGAAAGUGCAACAUUUGAAGGGGGAUUUUGUAAAGAUCGAAUCCACUGCGCAGCAUUAUAGACCGGCUUUUCAGGUGUUUAAAAAGUGGCCCUGUGUUAACUUGAACGCCAAACCGCACAAUUCACCGUUCAGCGAAAGUGAAAAGGACCGUUCGAUACUAGCCAAUCUAGUACCAGUUACGAAGGAAUCGGCAACCGCACGGGUUGAAAAUAGUGUAAAAACAACGGUAACGACCAAUGCGACCACCAAGCAGCAAACCAGACAGUGUGGCUAUUGUGAAAUUUGUCGCAUCGAGUACGAUGUUCUGGCGAACCAUAUAGUUUCCGAACAGCACCGAGGUUAUGUGGACAAUGAGUUCAACUUUGAAGCGUUGGAUAAACUAAUCAAAGAUAGUGGUGUCGGGGUGGAAACGUUUUUGAGUGUGAAUAAUAAACUUGUGGAAGAGUUGUUGGAGGAGUUGGUGGAUAAGAAGGAGGAAAGCACAGAAAGUGUUGAAAGUGGAACUGGAAAGGACGGUAUAGUGAAGGAAGAGAAGUGGAAGAAAACGAACUGUGAAUCGUUAAACGUAGCAAAACCAGCAGACGACGGUGCACAGGAAGUUGACCAGAAAAAACCGGAAACAACUGUGCCGAAAGUUCUGCGAACUUAUUCGAAAAAAUCUAAAGAUAAACAAUCAACUCACGCCGCCACAGAAUCGGGCGUCGCAGGUGCCAGUGGCAGCAGUAGAUCUCCUCCGGUGACACGUACAUACGCCGGUCGCAGAUCAGCACAACAUCAACCGCCGACAACAGCAUCAGCAGCUCCCAAACCGGAACCUGCCGAAGCAGCAGCAGCAGCAGAAACUGCCGCAUCAAAAUCACCCACAACCGCGGCGGAACCGCAGCAAAUGUUUGGACGACGUUCGGCGAUUCAUCAUCAUCCUCAUAACACAUUGAAUCAUCACAACCAUCAGAAAGCGAAGGCAGCCAAGCUUGUCCAACAGCAGCAGCAACAGCAGGCCCUACUGAGCAGUCCAGCGAAGGAAGUGACAGCGGAAGCAACACCAAAAGAAACGCCAGUAGAGUUACAACAGCAGAAACAAGAAAAGGCUCCUGCAAUUGAAGCGGAAGCGAAUGCGAUGAAAGUGCUUAACGACAACAGCUCCACUAGCGAGAAGGAGAAAGAUCGUCAAUUGAAGCGCAGCGUAGCGGGCAAGAUGGGACUAAAAGGGUCCAGCAUUAAACCGGUCAGCCAUCCGGUCGAACUGUUGGAGUGCGAGGGACUGGAUCCGAAGAACACCAAGCGAAUCAGUCUGGGAUUGCGUCAGAAUCCGAAACGAGCGAAUUUGAACGAAGAUUUCACCAGUCUGCUGGACGAAACGCUUGGUCCGAUGAGGAAACCCAGAGUCCGAAGGGAGUCAGCUAAACGUGUCAACUAUUCCGAACCACGAGAGGACGAAAUUGUUUCCCAAGAGGAAAUAAUGGAAAGUAUUUUGCUGGAGAGUACGGCCAAAGAUACUGUCAGUGAGAAUGGGCCGAAGAAGAAAGCAGGCGGAUCACCCAAACGACCGUUGGACGUUAAAAUUCGUGGAAUUCGGUGGAGAGCGCCUUCGCCGCAAGCCCGACCACCGGUGAAAUCUCCUCUGCUUUACAAGGUGAUCGAACAGCCCAAACCAAAACCGAACAAGAAGACCGCCUCUCCUACGAAGGACCCUAGCACUGCCGGAGGCAGUCCCAGCAAGUCCAACAAAAACGGUCUCAUCGUUAAAAUCCGCAGAGUUCGCCAGUCGGAGCUAAGUCUGCUGAAUGACGAGGCGGAAAAUUUCAUGUUCCCCAAAAAGGACGAAAGCUCCGAGGAGGAAACCGACGAAGACAGGCAAACAACCUCGGAAACCGGGCCGGGAGAUUACUCGCAGGAAGUCCCGAGCAGCGAUUUCGAGCACCGAAAUUCAAGCAUGCGAAGAUCGGCCGGAACUCCUGCUCCUUCGGCGAGAAAGCGAGCGGCUUCGGUGGCACCGACCAGCAGCCGAUGGCGGGGAGGAUCUCCCAGCAAAAAGCAGUCCAGGGGUGCCGCUGCUCAGGAAUGCGUUUCCACCCCUACGUCGAGUGGUGCGAAGCAGAACCGACGCCAGAACCGGGGAUCUGCAGCGCUGCUGCAGGAUAACGCUGAGUAUUACAAAUUUCCUGAUCCGGGAUCUAGACUGCGAUUUCCGGAAGCCCCCAUCCAGCCAAACUCCGAAGUAGAACAGAAUGAUGGUGAAACUGAUGUUGGUGCGAUUACACCGCGAGCGGUGAAAGGUAAGAAGCGUGGCAGACGCGGAUUGACGCCGGGCCCCUCGGCUACGGUGACAAGCAGCACAGCCGAGAAGCAAAAAGAACAGCUACUGCUCGGUACGCGAUCAUCGCCAACCUCGCCCUACCAGCAUCAGGAGCUGCUGUCCAACUGCGGCAAAACCAUCAUCAACUACGUCAAGGGGAAGGAGGAUGGGAUGGGGGUGUUCAAAUGGAGCAACUUUAAUCGAAACUGUAAACUGAUUGAACCGUAUCGGUUCGCGUUCGAGCGCGUCCCGUCGCUAGAACCGUGGUAUGAAACGUUCCAGCGGCAGGACGAGAGUAGCGAGAAGAUGUACGAGUAUUUUGGAAAUACCGCCUACCGGAAACUGCCAUACGAAAUGGGACCAUUGCCCCCAUUGCGACAAAACUGCUGCAUCCUCAACUAUCGGAUGAAAUCGAAGACACCGGAAUCGACUGCGCCCGGUUCGUCCGGAAGCAGCAGUACCAGCGGUAGCACAACCAACCUAGCCACCAAUACCAACGAUAAAAAGAUGUCAUCAACAUCGACAGCUUUCACCACACCGGAAACAAACACAGAGCUGCUGGAAACCAAGCGACCUCUGUCGCUCCCGCUAAAAAAGCGAAAACUUCUAGUUGACGCCGACCGGCCCCGGAAAAGCCCCCGGGAACAUGCUUCAACGCUCGCCAUUUUGAGUCUACUGCACCAGCAGCAGCAGCACAACCGACGGCGAACGUUCAGCGGUUCGGUGGCGAGCUUCCCGCUUGUGUCCCCCGGCAGUCUGCCACCACCUAGUCCGAUCUAUAGCCCGAAAAAAGUUGCCAUUCAGCAGCAGAAACAGCAGGAAGCUGACUCCGCCCUAGGCGACGAAAUUCGUUCCUCUUGUGGAAGUGACCCGAUCACCGAAAAGGAACCAUCGUCGUCGGAACCCACCAGCAGCAGAAUCAAGUUCGAUCCACCGGUGCUAGAGGAUACCUAUGUUAAUUACAAAGUCAUGUGCCAAGAGCUGGAUAGCUUUUUGAGUGACGAACCGAGCGACGAUUCGCUGCUGCUCGGAAUGGAACCGACGUCGGAGACGAAGUGCGUUUCGAUCGGACUGGGUCCGAACGUGGAACCGAUCAAGCGGGAUCUGUUCGACAUCGUGCAAAGCUGUGAUAAGGAUCCACCGCUGAAUCUGAAAAUGGUCAGCCGGCAUGAGAGUAUCGUGCGCAAAAUCGUCCAGUACGAUCGGAAACCGCGUCCGCUGGCGGCCGUUUCGAUUAAAUCCUUCGACGGCGGUGGUAGCUUGGGUUUCUUCAAAAAGCGCAUCAAUCGAACCGGCUGGCCGAAUGCCAAGAAGCGGAUAGUUACGAGAAAGCAGCAGCAACAACACCAGCAGCAGCAGCAAUUGUUGACGGUGAAAAAGGAAGAUGGUGACAACAGCAGUGAGGGGGUGAAGAAGGACGUCGAAGGCGUUGAAGGUGACGGCUCACGGAAGUCCUCGACGGAGGAGUCCCAAUUGAGUGGUGACGGUUCCUCGGGUGUUGAGAAGGAGGAGGUGAAACAAGAGGACGAAGAUGACGAUGAUGACGAGGACGACGAGGAUGAGUUCGAGGAUACGAUGACCAUGCUGGAUGAUGAGGAACCUAUGAAUGAGAAACCCGAGCAGACGAUUAGUGAUGUAGAAGAGUUGCCGGAGACGCCCAAGAAGGUCGUGGCAGAAUCGCCCGCCGCUGCCCCUCGAUCACCCGUCCCAAACCAAAUCGAGGAAGUCAUCAUUCCGAACCGAACAACUUCCCGCCCUCCGCCAUUGCCUAGCAGUAAGUACGUCACCAAAACGACCACCACGAUGACUCGUAUCGACUACAACGUGACGGUUCCGAGUGAAGAGCAUCCGCCAUCGCAGCAACCCCCACAAACAGCAGCCGUCCCGGCUGCUACAACGAACCACUGCCGCAGCAAAUCCACCUCUCACAGCAGUACCACGUCGACGACGACAACGACGACGACGACGUCGACUGUAGCAUCCCCCGGCGGCGGCUGUCCGCCGGUAGCCACCGUCACCGUUAACAGUCAUCAUCAGCACGAAGACGACGACAAGGAAUGCGACUCGAUCAGCUCGCGAAGCAUUUUCGUGAGCGAUGACUGUGAUACGACCUCGUCGACGCUGAUCAACUUGUGUGCCGAAGACCCGCUAGCCAUCACCCGAUCCGGAACGCCUGCCUCCCAUCGGAACAGUGCCACUCCGCAGCCCACGGAAGACAGCAAUAACACCGAUCGACCGGUGUCGCGGUCCCGGAUCAACAACACUCGCCAUCUAAACUUUGGUUCUAGAAAACGAAACUCCGCCGGAGGCGGCAGCGGCACCCUUCACACAAGUUCUGCCAAAUCAUCCAACAUGGAACCGAUCGUCUGCCUCGAGAAGCUCAACUGUUCGUCGAUGCGAACGCGAUCGUCGUCGCGAACGCCCGUCAAAACGUACAAACGGUCCAUCUUCACGAGUGCUCUGGUGAAUUCAUCCGGCAUCCCGCUGAAGCGAAAAAAGAAAAAGAACAAACACAAACUGAACGGUACCAGCUCGUCCGGUGGCACUUCCUCGCCGAGCUGUUCGGACGAGCCCAAUUCCGCCUCCUCCUCGCUGGAUUGUGACGAACCACCUCAACCAACGACAGGAGCUGGAGCAACGGUUAACAGCAACGGUACCGGUACUGGCACCGGCGGCAGCACCGAGGGCACCACUCCCUCCCAUCGUCAUCGGGCGCCGAAGGGUCGCCCGCAAACGCCAAGCCCGCUCAAGUUCUCGCCACGCAAACUGCGCAAACCACGGGGGAGGUGGUACAGGGAAAGAUAGGUAAGUUCCUCUCUGCAUCAGAUGAAUUAGGACUCUAGAGAAACACUAAACUAUAGCGUUUAGCACGAUAGUAUUAAAAAAGGAGGUUAGGUUAUGUUCGUGUGCGUGUGUGUUCUGUGAACCGAAGGGACUAAAAGAAAAUCGCCAAAACCCAACAAUGGUGUGGAAGUUUGAUGAAAAUUGUUUAGGAUUAUGAUGAGAAGCAAAAGGCUAACAGUAUACUGAUAUUUAUCGGAAAGUUUUGUAAAAAAGAAACGUAAUGUGACAAGUUCCCUACUUCUCCUCCCGUCGCAUAAUCAUUAUUGUUGGUAGUGUAAGAAGCAGAGAGCGAGAGCUAUUGUGAAGGGUGUGGGGCACAGGAAAUUUUGACUGAAACUUACACACAAAUUUGCUGCAUUGUUUUGUUGUUUCUUAUUUUUUCGUUGUUCUAAUUCAGUUUAUGUUUUUUUAAAUAUCUCGGAUAAACUGGAUGGAUGUUUUUGGUCGUAUUUUCAAUCGAUUUUUCCCUCCUUUUUACCAAUCUAUUUAAUUUAGCUGUAAAACGCGUAUAAACUAUUAUUAUAGUAGAGACAAGCAAUUGUGAGAAAUAGGAAAAAGAAACCAUUACACUGUUUUAGAAUUAUUUUGUAUAGUAAUAGUUCUCUCAAACGCCGUAGUUAAUUGACCAGAGGGAAACGACUAAUUUUCAAGAACCAAUAAACCAAUAGGAAGCUAGGAGUCUUACUAGGAGUUAGUGGAUCGAUGAUAAUGGAUUACAGAAAAACCUACAGCAGAAAAAUCAGUUUUAAAUUAUAACCGUAACACAUUGUACUUUCUGAAUAUAUGAAUGAGGAAAUUAUUUGGAAGCAAAAAAGAUAUCUCAAAACGAUACAAACGAAGCUGUAAUAAAGAA